ACCCACUGAGACCUCGGGCUUCUUGCUUUAGUAGAUUUUUUUCAAUCAUGCAGCAAGAACAUCUGUUCAAAGUCCUUGUGAUUGGAGACCUCGGAGUUGGAAAAACCUCUAUUAUAAAGAGAUGUGUUCAUCAGGUCUUCUCUCAGCACUACAGAGCCACUAUAGGCGUCGAUUUUGCCUUGAAAGUGUUGAACUGGGACAAUCACACAGUCAUCAGGUUACAGUUAUGGGACAUCGCAGGUCAGGAGCGCUACGGCAAUAUGACACGGGUGUAUUACCGCGAGGCUGUAGGAGCUCUGGUCGUGUUUGAUGUGACCAGAGCAUCGACGUUUGACGCGAUACCAAAGUGGAAAGAUGAUCUGGACACAAAGGUUACUCUGAGCAACGGCACACCUGUCCCGACUGUUCUGCUGGCCAAUAAGUCCGACCUGUCACGGGACGGCUUGUCCACUCCGAUUCCCAAGCUCGACACGUUUUGCAAAGAGAAUGGAUUCGUGGGCUGGUUUGAAACCUCAGCCAAGGAAAACGCCAAUAUUGAAGCAGCAAUCAGGUGCCUGGUGGAACACAUACUGUCCCAUGAGGAGAACGCGGUCAACGACGCAGACCCAGAAACAGUGACCCUGUCUGGCAACAACAACACCAAAGAUCGUGGCAAAGCCAGAUGCUCGGCAUGUCCUAAAUAGUGAGAGUGGGAUGGGGUGGGGGGGCGAGAGAGUGCAUGAGAGAG